ACACAACACAGACGCGUGGACAUUACCACCAACAAUUUGGGACACAUUGAUAUCGGGCCACGCUUCGUACAUCAAGACCCGUCUGUUUUAAAACAUAAGUAGAUAUGUUUUGGUCUGGUAAUCUUCAAGUACUUUUUCUAUGUGUGGAAAUUUUGUUGCUAUCUAUGGCAAUUAUCUACGCACAAUUCGCUAUAAAAUAAACAGUUUAUCCGCCAACAGGUCAGUACUAACUCAUCAACAUGUUGAAGUUUGUAGUUUUGUUGUCUGCUGUCGCUUGCUGUAUGGGCGCUGCCAUCCCCGAUGGCAUGUUGCCCCAAUUGGAUGGCCGCAUUGUUGGCGGUGUUGCUACCACCAUCAACUCCUUCCCCUGGCAAAUUUCGUUGCAACGUUCUGGUUCCCACUCCUGCGGUGGUUCCGUUUACUCUGCCAAGAUCAUUGUCACUGCUGCCCAUUGCUUGCAAUCCGUUUCCGCCUCGGUGUUGAAGGUUCGUGCCGGCUCUUCCUACUGGAGCUCUGGCGGUACCUUGGUGUCCGUUGCUGCCUUCAAGAACCAUGAAGGUUACAAUUCCAAGACCAUGGUUAACGAUAUUGCUGUCAUCCGUUUGUCCUCCUCCUUGACCAUGAGCUCCACCAUCAAGGCUAUUGCCUUGGCUUCUACCGCUCCCGCUAAUGGUGCUGCUGCCUCCGUCUCUGGUUGGGGUACCACCUCCUUCGGCUCUUCCUCUGUCCCAAGCCAAUUGCGUUAUGUCGAUGUUAAGAUUGUUGGCCGCACCCAAUGUGCCUCCUCCACCUAUGGUUAUGGUAGUGAAAUCAAGGCUAGCAUGAUCUGCGCCUACACUGUUGGUAAGGAUGCUUGCCAAGGUGAUUCCGGCGGCCCAUUGGUCUCCGGUGGUGUCUUGGCCGGUGUUGUUUCCUGGGGUCAAGGUUGUGCCUACACCAACUACCCUGGUGUCUAUGCUGAUGUUGCCGCCCUCCGCUCCUGGGUUGUUAGCGCUGCUUCAUCUGUAUAAAUAAUUUUAGGAAUAAAAUAA